UGUCUCGUUGUCGGCUUUUUCUCCUUAUCAACAACAACAACAACAACAAUUAGCAAUAACGAAUACUUUUUUUCUAUAAUUUGUAACGAAAAUCAUCUGAUAUAUAAUGGAAGAAUAUGUCGAAUCGAUGGAAGAUCGUGAUGGUAUUCGAUUCAAUUGGAAUCGUUGGCCACAAACUAGAGUGGAAGCUGCUAAAGUGGUACUUCCAUUGGGCUGUUUAUUUACACCAUUGAAAGAAACUCGUCGUGAUGCUGCACCAUCAUCGCUCCAAUAUGAACCGGUUGUUUGUGCUCGGCCAAAUUGUCGAUCCAUUUUGAAUCCAUAUUGUCAGGUCGAUUAUCGAGCUAAAAUUUGGGUUUGUCCUUUCUGUUUGAAUCGGAAUUCGUUUCCAAACCAUUAUCAUCAAAUCACUGAAACAUAUAAACCUGCUGAAUUGGGUCAUUCUACUGUGGAUUAUACGAUUUUACGAGCACCAAUUAGUACACCGCCAAUUUUUCUUUAUGUCAUUGAUACUUGUAUCGAGGAAGAAGAAUUGAAUGCAUUGAAAAGUUCCAUUCUUAAUUCAUUAAAAUUAUUGCCACCUAAUGCAUUAAUAUGUUUGAUUACAUUCGGUCGAAUCAUUAGCUUAUGGGAAAUCAAUACAAAUUUACGGUCUUUUGUAUUUAAAGGAAGCAAAGAUUAUACAGCCAAACAAUUGCAAGAAUGGUUGUGCAUACGAAAUGCCGUACAACAAGUCCAACAACCAAUGCCGCAACAUCCAAAUUCACCAAUGAAUGUCAACAAAACCAAUAUGGCGCAUAAAUUUCUUCAGCCAAUUUCACAAGCAGAUUUCAUUCUUACCGAUAUUAUCAAUCAGAUUACUCGCGAUUCUUGGCCAACUCCUCAAGCUAAACGUCCUCUUCGUGCUACUGGAGCUGCAUUAUCGAUUGCUAUCAGUCUAUUAGAGAUAACUUAUCCAAAUUGUGGUGCUCGCAUAAUGAUGUUCAUCGGUGGACCUUGUACCACUGGUCCGGGAAUGAUUAUCGAUGAUGAUCUAAAAAACACGAUUCGUUCACAUCAUGAUAUCGAAAAAGAUAAUUGUAAAUACAUGAAAAAAGCUAUGAAACAUUAUCAAGCGUUGGCUCAACGGGCAGCCGUAAAUGGUCAUACAAUCGAUAUUUAUUCUUGUGCUCUCGAUCAAACUGGAUUACAUGAAAUGAAAUAUUGUGUCAAUUCCACUGGUGGUCUAAUGAUUAUGGGCGAUUCAUUUGAUUCGAAUUUGUUUAAAUUGUCAUUCACACGAGUGUUUGCAAAAGAUAAAGAAGAUCGUUUAAAAAUGGCUUUCAAUGCUGUGGUCGAAAUAAAGACUUCUCGGGAGCUAAAAGUUUCCGGCUGUAUUGGAUCAUGUGUAUCGAUGAAUGUUCGUAAUCAAUAUGUUUCGGAUACAGAAAUCGGCAUUGGAAACACUGCACAAUGGAAAUUUUGUUCGUUGACUUCAAGUUCGACAACUUCAUUUUAUUUUGACAUUGUACAAACGCAAACGACCAAUCAACAACAAUACGGAUUUAUUCAAUUUGUCACUCAAUAUCAAGGAAUUGAUGGUUAUCGCCAUGUACGUGUAACAACAAUUGGACGUGAAUUCAGUACGACUGAUUUUGCAUUUGAUCAAGAAAGUGCAUGUGUUUUAUUGGCUCGUUUAGCAUGUCAUCGGGCCCAAACCGAAGCUAAUGGACCAGAUGUACUUCGUUGGCUUGAUAGAAAUCUGAUUCGUCUUUGUCAACGUUUUGGUGAAUAUAACAAAGAAUCACCCGAAAGUUUUCGAUUAGGUCCAUUAUUUAGCAUGUUUCCACAAUUUAUAUUUCACCUACGUAGAUCACAAUUUAUACAGGUUUUCAAUAACUCUCCCGAUGAAACAUCAUUUUAUCGUCAUUCAUUAUUCCGUGAAGAUGCCUACAAUUCUUUGGUAAUGAUACAACCGACAUUACUUGCAUAUUCAUUCAAUGAGCCUACACAACCAGUGAUGUUGGAUACUUCGAGUAUCCAUCCUGAACGAAUUUUAAUGAUGGAUACAUUCUUCCAUAUUGUUAUAUUUCAUGGUGAAACUAUUGCUGCUUGGCGUAAAGCAAACUACCAUCAACAACAAGGAUAUGAAGCAUUCGCUCAAUUACUUGGUGCACCGGUUAAAGAUGCUCAAGAUUUAAUGUUGAAUCGAUUCCCAUUGCCUCGAUACAUUGUUUGUGAUCAAGGAUCAUCGCAGGCACGUUUCUUGUUAUCUAAAGUGAAUCCAUCACUUACCCAUAAUUCAACAGCUGGUUUCUAUGGUGAUCGUGCACAAGCACCAGUUUUGACCGAUGAUGUUUCAUUCGAAUUAUUCAUGGAACAUCUUAAAAAAUUGGUCGUUUCAUCGGCUUCAAAUUAAUGUUUUUUUAUGGCAAUUAUUCUGAAAAAAAUGAUGAUUAUUGUGUUUGAUUGGAAAUGAAUGAUG